GACGAGACGACGAAUGAACUGGUAAACGAUGAACUUGGCAUAGCUUAUCCUGUAAUCGGUGGAAUUCCCAACAUGGUACCACAAGACGCCAGAAUGAUUCGGAAAGAUUCAGAAGAAAAGGAAAACCAGACGAAGGAAUAAUCCGGAAAACGAACACACUUCCAAAAUAUUGUAUCAUUGGACCGAAACUGUACGUGCUAAAAAUCGAACACUAUGGUGUUUUCACUGUCUACCGUGACUGUACUGGUCCCAAUCGUCUCACUUUUGGGACUGUUCUAUUCUGCGAGUGUAGACGAGAGUUUUCCGCAGGGGUGUACCAGCACAAGCAGUGUGUGCUUCUACAGUCUGCUAUUACCUGUCACCAUCCCAGUCUACGUUUUCUUCCACUUGUGGAAGUGGAUGGGAAUUAAAUUAUUCAGACACAAUUAGCGCUGUUAAGAAUGAAAAGCUAAAAGUUGUACGGUGCGGAUGGCAAAUAAAGACAGUCGUUUAUGACAACACGUGA